AUGAUAAGAAUUCUUGGCAAACAAAAGAAUGGUCUUAAAUUGGUGCACAUUAAUGCCCAAAGUCUAAAUAAUAAAUUAGAUGAAUUUGAACAACUAUUCGUUUCUUCGAAUGUUGAUUUGAUCUGUGUGUCUGAAACAUGGUUUCAUUCUGAUGUGCAAGAUGGCAUUUAUAAUAUCCCAGGCUACACAUUGUUUCGUGCUGAUCGUAAAACAUUUGCUGGCGGGUCAUGUAUAUAUGUGAGAAGUGGUAUUAAAUGUAAAGUUAAGCUGAAGUCCGACAACUGCAAUUCUAAUGAAUACAUUUUCUUGGAGUUAAUUUUAAGAAGGAAUCAAAAAUGUCUAGUUGGUUGUGUUUAUAGACCAAAUAAACAAUCUAACGUUACUGAAUUGAUUUCUGAAUUGCAAAAUAUUUCAAUGUCAUAUGAAGAUGUAAUAAUUUGUGGGGAUUUCAACAGCAAUAUUUUAGUGGAAAAAUCGUUAACUGAUGAAUUCGAAGCACUCGAUUUAUACCCCAUAAACUCUACGUGCCCUACUCAUUACCAUUCAACCUCAAGCAGUCUAAUCGACAUUAUUUUUUUGAAUCAGUUAUCAAAACUCCUACUUUACGAUCAACUUUCAGCCCCAAUGUUUUCGAAGCACGAUCUACUUUACAUGAUCUAUGAUGUCAACGUUAGCUGUACAGAAGAAUGCAUUACAUAUCGCGACUUCAAAAGGAUUAACUACAAUAUGUUAGAUUACCACUUACUCAGCAUAAAUUGGAAUGAAGUAUACACCUUGGCUGACGUAAACGACCAAGUUUUAUUUCUUCAAGACAAAUGUAAUGUCAUUUUGAACGACUGUGUACCACUAAAAACAAUCACACCGAAAAAUAAUACGAAACCCUGGUUUAAUAGUCAAAUUAAACGGUUAAUAAACGAAAGAGAUGCCAGCUAUAAACGAUGGAAAAAAUUCAAAACGCCUGAUUUCUACGAACAUUUCAAAUCAUUAAGACGAGAAACUACUAGCAAAAUACAAAAGGCUAAAGCUACACACUACAAAAAUCAAUUCUCCACUGCUGUAAACAGCAAAUCUAAGUGGAAGAGAAUACGCGAGAUUGGCAUAGGGCAGGCACCAAGAUCCUCCUCGCAUGAAGACAUCGAUAUUGACGCCUUGAACAUGAAAUUUACUGGAAAUAACUCUGUCAACAUAUCUGAAAAUGUCUACUCCAAUCUGAAUAUAGUACGAAAUGACAAUGAGUUUUCUUUCAGAUGUGUUGAGCAAGAUGAUAUCUACUCCGCGUUUAGGGAAAUAUCGUCGAAUGCUGAAGUCUGUGUUCCCGGUGGCAUGGAAACAAGCAAAAAUUGUGCCGAUUCCAAAGUCUAA